CAUCUCGGGUUGUGAAGCUUUGACAAGUGAGCUCAUUAGCAAAGUUAGCCAAAGUGACGCAGAAGCAAGAGGACGCGAGCCAGAGAGAGAGAGAGAGAGCAAUGGCGCACCACCAGCAGGGGCUGUACGGCCAGCCGGCCACCCGCGUCGACGAGUACGGCAACCCGAUCCCUGGCGGCCACGGCAGCAUUCAGGGUCAGGCCGGCGGGUACGGUGGCGCGGGCACCGGCAGCUACGACGCCGGGGGCUACGGUCAGCAGGCCGGGUAUGGCCCCACCGGAACCGGCACGCACGACAUUGGGGGCUACGGCGGCUCCGGUCACGCAGCUUACGGUGCUACCGGAACCGGCGUCCAUGAUGCCGGGGGCCCGGGAGGGUAUGGGGCCACAGGCACAGGACCUCAUGGUACUCAUGGAGUCACCGGAAUCCAUGACGCCAGGGGUGUAGGCAACGGUCACACCGGUGCGCACGGAGUCACGGCCACGGGGACCCAUGGUACCGGUUACGGUACGCACGGCGCCACCGGGGCGACCGGAGUGCACGACACCGGGGUCCUGGGCGGAGGCGCCCACACCGGCAUGCCCGGAGCCGCGGGAAUGGGGACCCAUGGCGCGGGUCACGGCGCCACAGGCGUCACCACCGGAACCCACGGCGCCGCAACCGGCGCGGCAUUCCCUCAUGCCGCUGAGCACAAGACGGGCGGCAUCCUUCGCCGCUCCAGCAGCUCCAGCUCUAGCUCGUCAUCUGAGGACGACGGCAUGGGCGGUCGUAGGAAGAAGGGCCUCAAGCAGAAGAUCAAGGAGAAAAUGCCCGGAGGCCACAAGGGCAACCAGGGCCAGGCGACGGCUCCCGGAGCAUACGGCGGGACGACUGGGUAUACUGGGCCGACCGGCACCGGCACCACCGGGGGGACGUACGCUCCGACGACCCAUGGGGCGCACGAGAAGAAGGGCGUGAUGGAGAAGAUCAAGGAGAAGCUUCCGGGCGGCCAUAAGGACCACGACCAGCAGCACACCACGGCGACCGGCGGUUACGCGCCUGGCCGCACGGGAACCACCGACACGUACGGGACGACGACCGAGGGGACACACGAGAAGAAGGGGUUCAUGGAGAAGGUCAAGGAGAAGCUUCCUGGUCAGCACUGAGCAGCUUCCAGCUUCCAUGCCGAAAGAAAGAUUGUGCCGUGCUAGGGACAGAAUAAAUUGACGAAGAAUAAAGCGGCAGCUCUGUGUGUGUUUGCACUGUAGUACUGGCUACCGUAAAGUGUGUGUGUUUGCAUUGUAGUGGCUACCGUAAAGUGUGUGUGUUUGCAUUGUACGUGUUUCCAGUAAGUGUUUAGUAUCUUGAUACUGUAUUCCAUCUUGUGAAAAAUAAAAUCGUAUCCUUCCUUUUAUUAUA